GGUAUUGCAUGCAAUAUUGCAUUGUUCUAUCUCCUUAAUGAGCAAACUUGAAAAUAUUAUCUUGUUCUAUCUCCAAUCAACCAAUCAUAUUACAAUUACAAAGUUGUUCGGAAUAAUUUUAUCAGUUUUGUUGUUUUCAAAAUGGCAACUGCAAAUAUUGACCAAGAAAUGGAACCUGCCCUAAAUCAAAACGAAGAGCUGCUUGGCAUUACACCUUCUCGUCGGUCGCCCCAUGGUGGGGUUUCUAGGAAACGUAAAGCUGAUAGGAGUAGUUGGAAACAAAGUGUAAGAAAAAUCCAACGUCAGUCGGGUAAAGCUUAUAAAAAUACGAAAGGAGAACAAAUGCCAAAAAGAUCUAUUGUUGCACUAAAAAGUUGCAGAAAUUGUAAAUUUAAAUGUUCUACCAAUAUAUCUGAGAUUGAGCGUCAAAUAAUAUUUGAUAACAUUUGGACCUUAGAUGAUGACGGAAAAAAACAUUUCUAUUCUAAAACUACUGAAAAUCUGGAGAAAAAACGCUGUCGGACAGCUGCUGGUGACAAUUCAAGAAGAAAAACAUCUUAUUAUUAUAUUUUUUUUGUUUCUAAUACACAAUAUAGAGUUUGUAAAUCAUAUUAUCUUUCAACAUUGAAUAUUAGCAGCCAUAGAGUGUUUUACUUUCAUAAGUUUAAUAAAUCUUUAACUACUGGAACACCAUUGCAAUCAAAAUCAGGGAAACAUGUUAAAAAAAGGUUACUAGAAGAGUCUAAACAAGUUGUACGAGACCAUAUUAACCUUUUCCCAAGAAUUGAUGCUCAUUAUAGCAGGAAAAAGACACAUAAAGAAUACAUGGAAGGAUCACUAAAUAUAGGUAGAAUGUAUGAUCUUUAUAAAAUAUAUUGUGAUGAAAAUGUCUCUCCUCCAGCAAAAGAACAUAUGUAUCGUUAUAUCUUUAAUCACGAAUUCAAUAUAGAAUUUCAAAAACCGAAGAAAGAUUUAUGUGACACAUGCUAUGAGUAUCGCAACAUUGUUAAUGCAAGCAAUGAACAAACAGAUAGUUAUAAUAAGCACAUAAAAUCAAGGAAUGAUACCAAAAAUGAACGUGAAAAUGAUCGCCAAAAUGUUGAUUCUAAAACUGCAAUUGUUUGUAUUGACCUUGAAAAUGUUUUAAAUUUGCCUAGAGCUAAUGUGGGAAACUUUUAUUACAAACGAAAACUUUCAAAUUAUAACUUAACUGGUCAUUGCUCGCUUAACAGGAAGGGUUAUUGCAUCCUUUGGCACGAAGCCAUGACUGGUCGUGGAGGAAAUGAUCUAGCCAGUGCUGUAACAUGUUUGCUUUUGAAAAUCAUGGCUUACCUUGACAUAAAUAAGUUCAUACUUUGGUUUGAUUCAUGUGUACCACAAAACCGCAAUAGUUUCAUGUCAGCAGCUUUGUGUGAAUUUAUAAUACGAUACCCACAAACAAAAGUAAUUGAACAGAAGUUCUGCGAGCCAGGUCAUUGCAGCAUUCAAGAAUGUGACAACAUUCAUAGUCAGAUUAAAAAAUCCCUCUCUGCUGCAGAAAUAUUUAGUCCACUUGGGCUAGAAAGAGCUAUUAAAAAUGUAAACCGCAAUUAG